AUGUCAGCACACGAAUGGCAAGCACCAGGACCAGGUGAUAAAAGGCCUCGAGAUGGUGAAAACAUUACAUCUCAACAACUAAUUAAAGCAGUUCAAGAUGCAUACAAUCUAUCAGGCGUUCUUGCUACUGUUUCCACAUAUAAUGCUGUGGUUACGAAUGGAUUAUUAUUUCAAAACAACUUGGAAGAAAUAUCAAAACAUAAUGCUUUAGAGCAUGAUGCUUCUCUAACUCGAAAAGAUAAAUAUUUUGGCGAUCCACUCAAAGUUGAUAACGAAUUAGUUGAUAAAUUACUUGAUCAACAAAUUGAUGGAAAAAUAACCCUUGAUUCAUUAGCAAAACAUCGUCAAGUUCAACUAAAUCAUUCAAAAGAACAUAAUCCUGAACUCACCUAUGGAUUUAUGCAAAAGAUUCUUUCGGGCGCUGAAGGUGCAAUGUUGGUAAAUGUUAUGGGUGGUAAUACUAAUUUUGAAAUUGAUAGUGCUCUGUUGGAAACAUUUUUAAAACAUGAAAGACUUCCGCAUACUUGGCGUAAACCUGAUAAGCCGGUUACGCCCUUGGAAGUUUUUAAUAACAGCAGCGCAAUCAUGAAAAAGUAUGAUGCGUUAGAGAAAGAACAAAAUAAGUAA